GGCACCAAUCAGCGCCGGCGGCAGGAACCCGUGCCGAUCGUUGACACCUGUGUGCAGUCCGCCGCUCCUUCUCAAACGGUCUCUGUGGCAAGUUUCCCUGUAUGUGGCAGAAGCUCAAACAGGACGCUGAGGAGCACUGAUGUACAGAGGGAUCUUGGGGUGAAAGAUCCUUAAGAGUGGUAACGCAAGUUGGUGCGGUGAUAAUGAAGGUCUUGAAAUGACUGGAUUAAAUGUUCGGGAGAGGAUGCAGCUAAAAAUGGAGAAAAAAGCCAGGAGGAAAACAGAAGGCAAAUAUUCAGUUCAACAGUUGUUGGAAAAAGUGGUGGAGUACAUGGACAACUUAAAUUAUGAACUGGCACAAAUGUUCUGUCAACGCGCAUUGGACAUGGAGCCCAACAAUUUAACCACACUUGAUAUGAUGGGCAAUAUCUUUGCAGAACUUGGAAACUCAGAGAAAGCAAAAGAAGCUUUUCAAAAAGCUGUUGCUUUGAGCCCUGAUGAAGGUUACUCUAAGUACAUGUACUUGGGUCAGAUUCAUUGUGGGCAAGAAGCAGUACAGUACUUCAAGAAAGGCAUUGAACUUCUGAUUAAAGACUACCAAAGGCAGGAGGAAAUGGCCACUGGAGCAGCUUCCUUUGAUCCUGAUAAUGCUGUGGUGACUCCUCAGAACAUCUCCACAGCAUUUUGUUCGCUGGCAGAGAUCUUCCUUACUGACCUCUGUUCAGAGGAAGAUGCUUCAACUAAGUGCCAAGAAGCUUUGGGAAAUGCUUUGGCAUAUGAUCCGGAAAACCCUGAAGCCUUGCAAUUGAUGGCUAGUUAUCUUUUCAGUACUGAACAGCAACAGGAAGGGAAAACAUACCUGAUGAAAAGCCUUAAACAAUGGCUACCCAGUUUUCAGAGAGCAGAGUCAGCAAUACCUCACGACAGCAAUGAUCUAGAUCCAUUACAGAAUUUGUUUCCUCCUUAUGAAUCCAGAAUAACUGCAGCAAAGCUGUUGAUAGAAGUUGAAGAAUAUGAGACCGCCACUGAAGUACUAGAAGGACUUUUGGAUGAAGAUGAUGAAGUUGUCCAGGUCUGGUAUCUACUGGGUUGGGUUUGUUACCUUCAAUCAGAGAAGCCCAAUGAGGAUGUGUCUUUCAAGGACUCUGCCAGAACAUACCUAACAAAAACCAAAAAGCUUUACAUGAAGGUGAAAUGUGAUGAUACCUCCCUGCUGGUUCACACAGAGCAGUUGCUGGAGGAGCUGGGACCCAGUGAAGACCUGGACUUGUCAGACAGUGAGAAACUUCCCAUUGAGAACAUCGAGGAUGACUUUGUAGAGACCAGUGAGGAUGAGGAAAUGCAACAGGAAUAAUUCAAUAAACAUUUCUGACUACUUUUACCCAAAAAUGGCAAGUAAAGGAACCCUUUUCUAAAGAAGUUACAUUUUAUGAGUGAGAGGCAGAGUCCCUGUUACCACAUGUUGCUGUGGAUAUAUUCCUGGCACUGAACUUGGAGCAAGCUAUCUGUACAUUUGACUUAAUUUGAGAAUUCUUAAAAAAAAGUUUAUUGCUUUAAGAACUGGAAACUUCAAAUAAAAAUUCUGUGAACAUAUAAAACCCAAGACAUUCCAACAGUAUUUUGUAUAAAUUUCACUGCUGAUGCAGGCCAGGUAUUGGCAACGUUAACAAUAUGGUGUCUUCAGCGUUGCAUCUUAUGCUUGUGUCACCGAUGGGAUUUUGUCUGUCAUUACAGAACCGAUUUAAAAUGAGAUACGAGUAUUCUGGGGUACUGUAUUCGCUCCUGUAAAAUUAUCUUAAAAAUGAUGAUGGGGGGGGGUUGGGCAGAAUUGAAACAAAAAGUUAAAUACUGCAUCUGCAACAAAACACAAAUUGCUGAAAAUUGCUACGUAUAUGAAGAAUUGACUUUUGAUGGAGUUUGUGAUUAAAAAAGAGCUCUACCCCAUGACCAUUUUAUAGAACAGCUGUGUUCUUCCACAAUGGUCAUUUCCAGUUUCCAGUUGUAUGUUAUUUUAACUCUUCCACCUCCCUUCCACACUGACCUGUCUGUCCUCAACUUCCUUCAUUACUAUAGAGAGACUGAAUGUAAAUGUGAAGAACAAGUAUCACCAAUUCUGCUGAGGUUGCUUACAUUCCAAUUGUACUCAUAAUGAAUUUUCCAAUUCCAGGCAACCCACAAUCCCAGUGUUCUCUUCUCGCAAACACUUGACUGUCUACCUAGUUUUCUUCUCCCAUUGUUCAUUUGUCUCAUCAUUUCUUCUCUUCACCUAGUGCUCUCUGCCCAUAAUCCAUCUGUUACUAGCCCUGUGUCCCAUCCUCCUAUGUACGACUAUAUACCGGGAAUCUUUUCUGUUCCCUCUCAAUACUAAUGCAGAGAUUCAAGCCAGAACUUUAACUUACACAUUUUGCCUCCACAGAUGCUAAUUGAUCUGCUGAGUUCUUCCAGCAUUUUGUUUCCCUUCUAGAUUCUAGUCUCUUUUGUCUUCAGUCUCCAACUUGUCUGUGGUUGCGUCCUGCUGAGGAGUUUCAACCCGAAACAUCAGCUCUCCUCUUUGCCACAGAUGCUGCCUGGCCUGCUGAGUUCCUCCAGUAUUUUGUGUGUUACUUGGAUUUCCAGCAUCUGCAGAUUUUCUCUUGUUUGUGUUUAGUUUGUCCUAUCUUGUUUUAAUCUUGAUGGAUUUGCUUGGUAUUUAAGCAUUUGGCCGCAUUGAAGUUUUUGGUUAAACUCAAUUAAUAAUUUAUCAAAUAAUAAUAAAAUAACAUGAGUCUAUAAAUCAAAAUUCACAGACUGCUUUAUAAUUUAAAACACGAGAAAUUCUGCAGAAGCUGGAAAUCUAGAAGAAUGCCGGAGGAACUCAGCAGAUCAGGCCACAUCUAAGGAGAGAAAUUAACAGUCAACAUUUUGGGCCAAGACCCUUCAUCAGGACUGAAAAGGAAGUGGGGAAAAGCUAGAGUAAAAAAGUGGGGGAAAGGGAGGUAGAGUACAAGUUGGCAGGUGAAUUAGGCGUGUUCAUAUCAAAACAAACAUCUAAU